AUGCGCGUGCCGCCCUCAGGGGUCUGGUGCCCCGCGGUAACCCUCUACAACCCGGACUCGGACACCCUCGACCUCGACUCGCAAGCGCGCUACUUCUCUUAUCUCGGCACCCAAACGGGCCUGGCGGGUCUCGUCAUCCUCGGCACCAACGCCGAGCCUUUCCUCCUCACGAGAGAAGAGCGCAAGCGGCUGCUGGCGCUGGCGCGGGAGGUGUUGGGCCCGGAGUAUCCCAUCAUGGCGGGCGUCGGCGGGCACUCGAGCGCGCAGGUGAGGGAAUUUAUUGGGGAUGCGGUUGAUGUUGGGGUGCAGUGGGUGUUGGUUUUGCCGCCGGGGUACUUUGGGAAGGUGCAUGGGGUGGGAGAGGUGGUGGACGGGUUUUAUGACGAGGUUUGUGAGGUGGCUAGGGAGAAGGGGGUGGGCGUGGUGGUGUAUAACUUCCCGGCGGUUUGCGGCGGGGUGGAUUUGGAUAGCGAGACCAUCGCGAGGCUGGUGAGAAAGCAUGACAACAUUGUCGGCGUGAAGCUCACUUGUGGGAGCGUGGCCAAGAUCACGAGGCUGGCGGCUGAGCUCCCGCCAGAGAGGUUCGCUGUGUUCGGAGGGCAGAGCGAUUUCUUGAUCGGGGGGCUGGCCGUGGGGAGCGCUGGGUGUAUUGCGGCGUUUGCGAACGUCUUCCCCAAGACAAUCGUGAAGGUGUAUAAGCUGUACAGGGAAGGCAAGACCCAAUCAGCUCUCGAGCUGCACCGGAAGGCCGCGCUGGCAGAGCAGGCGUUGAAGAGCGGGGGUAUCGCGGCGACCAAGUAUGCUGCCAGCAUGUUUACGGCGCCGCGGGCGGGUGUGGAGGAUGCGGAGCGCAAGAUGGUGCCGAGGAGGCCGUACUUGCCGCCUGGCGAGGAGGCUAAAAGGAAGAUUUUGGAGUCGCUGGCUGAGGUGGCCGCGAUUGAAAGGAGAAGCACCCGCUAG